CUGGAGUGGUUUGCGGAGGAAGCUCGUCGGGUUUAUGGUGAUGUCAUUCCAGCGUCCGCAAAAGACCGGAGAAUCCUGGUGCUGAAGCAGCCAGUAGGAGGGGCAGGCGCUACACAUAAGCAUAUGGAAUUUCCCCAGCGCUAUGAUUACCCGGAAGGUUGGUGCAGCGCUGGCAGCUGGCUGUACGGUGGUAGUGAAACCUGCAGAGGACACACCUUUAUCAGCAUUAGCUCUUGGGGAGCUUGCAAACCAGGCUGGAAUUCCAGAUGGAGUGUAUAAUGUUGUUCCUUGUUCCAGACAACAGACACCAGCUGUAGGGGAAGUUCUGUGCACUGAUCCUUUGGUAGCCAAAAUAUCUUUUACUGGCUCCACAGCAACAGGAAAGAUAUUGCUGAAACACGCAGCCGGCACUGUGAAGCGAGUUUCCAUGGAGCUUGGAGGACAUGCUCCUUUUAUAGUGUUUGACAGCGCCAAUGUGGACCGUGCUGUUGCAGGAGCCCUUGCUUCUAAGUAUAGAAACUCAGGGCAGACCUGUGUUUGCACAAACCGUUUCCUGGUACAAAAGGGAAUCCAUGACAAAUUUGUGGAAAAGUUUGCUAAAGCUAUAGAGAGAGAACUACACGUCGGAAGUGGAUUUGAUGCAAAAACUACCCAAGGGCCACUAAUUAACGAAAAAGCAGUGGAGAAGGUAGAGAGACACAUUAAUGAUGCAGUUUCUCAAGGAGCAUCUAUUGUGACUGGAGGGAAACGACACAGCUUGGGGAAGAAUUUCUUUGAGCCAACAUUACUAAGUAAUGUUACAACAAAAAUGCUUUGUACCCAAGAGGAGACAUUUGGCCCUUUAGCACCAGUUAUCAAAUUUGAGACUGAAGCAGAAGCUAUUGCUAUAGCAAAUGCGGCUGAUGUGGGUUUAGCAGGAUAUUUCUACUCCCAAGAUCCAGCUCAGAUCUGGAGAGUCGCAGAACAGCUGGAAGUUGGAAUGGUUGGUGUUAAUGAAGGCAUAGUCUCCUCAGUGGAGAGUCCUUUUGGUGGGGUGAAACAGUCUGGCUUAGGGCGAGAAGGUUCAAAAUAUGGCAUCGAUGAAUACUUAGAAAUAAAAUAUGUCUGCUUUGGAGGCCUAUAAAAAUCUUCAAAAAGCACAAUCCCAACAGCUUGGAAGAGUGCACUGUAGUUUUAACAAGCUUCUUGAACCAGAAA